AUGGCUGACAAGGUUAAAGACGCCAGGCUUUACUCGGCCAAUAAAGCCCGAUAUAUUGGCCUCGGCGACCCGGACACUCCCCGCGAAGAGUUUGUAACCAAUAUUCAUAGGGACACAUAUGCGUCGCUUGGACAACACGACAGUCUUUUGACGUAUACCGCAGUAGCCAUGAACCGGUCACCAGAAGUGGUGAGGCAACAAAUGAUCAAAAAAAUGGUUCAGCCUAAAGGUACAUAA